CAGGUGAAUAACAUUUCCUUAGGCCUUUUAUUAGGCGCAUAAUCUAGUCAUCAUAAAGUCGGCCUCGGGUGACCGCCAUCCAGGGAUGUCAGCUCUCGAUAUUGCAACGAGGCAGUGCUUUGCCAACAUUGAUUCGCAGCAGUGCAGUGUUGCAGUGCACAGUAUCAUCUCCUGGAGCCGCCGUACUUGUAUCGACGUGAUGACGGAAAAUGGUGCUGCGCAAGAGCGCCGUUUUCGGUGAGCACACACGAGUACUUUCUGGUCCAACCUGUCUAGCAAAUUGCGUCCACCAGGUUUAUUGCAUCAAUAUCCUUCUUGUCGUCGAACAGGGUACACGAUCGAAAGACGUAUAUCCAGUCAGCUGAGCUCCAGCGAGUAGGGGCGUAUUCAUUAUUGUAAAAGAGGAAAAAUGCUCACAUCUAGACAUGAGAAAUGCAUUUUAUCCGAUCGACCCAUGUCCCGACUGCUGGCAACAUGCCAUGGCCAUGCAUGUCAGUUCUGUCCCAGCACCUUGUGUGAUACGCCCAGGCCGCGUCAAUCACGUCGAUCAAUCCCAUAGAAGAGCACGAUUGUGUGAAUUCAUCGCAGAGCAACCAAAUCUAUUGCAGAAAACCUCCCGCGAGGCUGCCACAGUGGCUCUGCAGUAUGCGACUGAUGUCGAAUGUUCCUCAGGCCUCGUGGAGGACGCAAGCUUUCACAGCCAGGUGAAGCUCGCGGAUCAAGCCAUACACCAUACCACGUGUAAGCUGCGAGGCGUAUAGUAGUAUCGGUGACUCCCGUGACGAGGCUGUG